AUGGGUGUCUCCGAGGAGUACAGUCGUGGCUAUGCGCAAGAACUAUCCGACAUGUACCACGACAGCGCGAGGAGUUCGAGGAGACGGAGCGCGAAACCUUUCCGUAACAACUCGACUCCCUUGGACGACUGGCUCGAUGCGGACCUGGUGGAUCCGGGAGAAAUGACGGCCUACGACAAGUUUGAUAUGUCGCGCAUGGGCAAGAAGCAAGAGAUGAGGAGGGUCUUCAGACAAUUUUCCAUCUUGUCCUUUACCUGUGUCAUCAUGGCCACUUGGGAGUUCCUGCUCACGGCGAAUACGCAAGGAUUGGUGGACGGUGGGCUGGCUGGCUUGUUCUGGUCCUACGUCUGGACAAUCACGGGGUUUGGUUUGAUCAUUGCUUCCAUGGCCGAGAUGGCUUCCAUGGCGCCAACAUCCGGAGGACAAUAUCACUGGGUCUCUGAGUUUGCCCCGGACAGCUGUCAGAAGUUCCUGAGCUACACAACGGGAUGGCUCUCGGCCAUGUCAUAUCAGGCCGGCAAUGCUUCGGGAUUCUUUCUCGCUGGGACCAUCAUUCAAUGUCUGGCCAUGGUCAACUAUCCAAGCUAUACCGCCCCCAACUGGCAGAGUACUCUAUGCGUAAUGGCCGUGGUGGUGGUCUCGGGAGUCUUCAACGUCUGGUUUUCCAAAUACUUUCCCGUCCUGAACAACCUGUCCAUGGUCCUCCAUAUCAUGGGAUUUGUGGCGGUUGUUGUCGUCGUAUGGACGCUCGCACCACAUCCACCCCCGAGCGAAGUCUUUCUCCACUUCAGGAAUGAUGGAGGGUGGUCCACGAUGCCGCUGAGUCUGAUGGUCGGCCAGAUCAGUGCGAUUGCAGCGCUGGGAUGUACGUACUGGCUUUCUCAAGUCAUCAUCAUCGAGUUCUGCUGACUGAUACUUCCAGGCUCUGACGCCGCCGCACACAUGAGCGAAGAAGUCUCCGAUGCAAGUCUCUCGGUCCCCCGAUCGAUGAUGUGGACCUUCUACAUCAACGGCGGCACCGGCCUCAUCUUCCUCGUCUCCAUCCUCUUCGCCAUCCCCUCCGUCGACGACGCCCUCGACGACCCCACCGGCUACCCCUUCCUCUACAUCUUCAAAGUCGCCAUGCCCGACACCAACGUCGGCACCAACUUCCUCACCGUCGUAGCAGUCCUCGUGCUCAUGGUCGGCAACAUCUCCUUCACCGCCUCCUGCGCCCGCCAGGCGUGGGCCUUUGCCCGCGACCGCGGCCUGCCCUGCUCCCGAUGGAUCUCCCGCAUGAACAACACCGUGCACGUCCCCGUCAACGCCACCCUCCUCACCCUCGCCUGCACCGUCCUCCUCUCCCUCAUCAACCUCGGCUCCAACGCCGCCUUCAACGCCAUCCUCAGCCUCCAGCUCUCCUCCCUCAUGGCCUCCUACGCCAUCUGCAUCUCCUGCAUCGUCCUCCGCAAGAUCCGACACCCCCUCACCCUCCCCCAGGCCCGCUGGUCCCUGGGCAAGUACGGCCUCGCCAUCAACAUCGUCGCCGCCGGAUACGCCACGUUUGCCAGUUUCUGGACCUUCUGGCCGAAUUCCACGCCCGUGGAUCUCGAGAGCUUCAAUUGGGCUCCCGUCAUCUUCACCGGCGUGGUCAUUGUCGCCAUGGUCACGUACGUGGUUCAGGGGCGGUUUGUGUACGCGGGGCCCGUGGCGUUGGUCAAGAGGGAUUAG